GAAAAGAAGCGGUUAACGAUUUGUAAUAUUGCUCAUCAGUGGGAGAUACAGCAGAACAGAGUAGCUCUUGAGGCUUCCUUAAACCAAGAUAAAGACACUGAGCCCUGUCAGAUCAAUGGCAGUGCUGCAUAUGUAUUUCCUGAAGAAAGCAGGUCUCUUGAUACAAUACUGAGCAGUGCAGUACAAGGCUUGUCUGUUCUAGAGUCUCAUUUAGUGGAAGUGGAAGGAGACACUCUUGGCUUGUAUGGUGCUGGAGCACUGGAGUGCCUGGAUCGAAACUGGAGUGUUCAGACAGCUGGAAUUAUUGUCACAGUCUCCUUUAUGUUCAUAGAAUUUGAUGAAAUUGUUCAAGUGUUAGCAAAACUGAAGACAAAAUUCCCUAAUUGUGUGCACCUGAAGUUUAAGGAGACAAACCUUGUGACACUGCAGCAAUUCAAUGCGUUAGCUGAGAUGCAACGCCUUGAGCAGUUGACAGUUGAUCCUCAGGGAAAUCCAGUUGUCAACUUUACCUUGUGGAAAUCCUAUGUGCUGUUCAGGCUGAACCAUUUUCAUCUGCAGAAGAUAAAUGGAGAGAAGGUUACUGAAAAUGACAUUGUCCUGGCAGAAAGGCUCUUUGGCAUUCUGGCAUACGUAGCAUCUUCUGAGCUGCCACAUUACCGUGUGCUCUCCUUAUUAGGAGAAUCCAGGAGGAAGCAAUUGCAUUAUCUACUGGAGGUAAAGGGAAAGAAGUCUGGGGUUGGGAGUGAGGAAAGUAGUGAUAGCAGAAGAAAUGGGGAAAGCACAAGUCGAGCAACGUUAAAUUACAUGACAAAGGACUUUCAUAUGGAGAAGCUUGAGGAAAUCAAGGAAAGGAAAACAUUUUGCCAGACGUACGUCGAGAACUUAGUGAAAGAAGCAGCUGACAUCAAUAUGAAGAAUGAGUCCUUGCAGAAGCUUUGGCCUCAGAUGUUCAUUGAACUUGUCAGAGAUGCAGUGGUAGAAAUCCGCAAUAAGAACUCCUACAUGAAGCUCUGCUUGCAGCGCAUCGCUGAGCAGAAACAGUAGUCAGGGCCUGGUGUUUUGCAAGCUUUUGGGUUCAGUAUUCUGUCAUGUUUUACAGACUUCAACCCAGUAGAAUAUAAAAUCACCAUCCCUAUGGCAUACUUCACCUCCCCCCACCAAGGGAUGCCUUUAAAACUUGAUUAACUCUUAAUAGUUUUGAAAUACAAGUUUACUUUCAUACUGUUUUGGCAAUGCUUCCUUGGCUAACUGAAAUGGUGAGAUGGCAUAGAAGUAACUUGGUGAUUGU